UCAAACCCCCACCAAUCAUCCCAUCAAAUUGAUAAAUAAAUCAAGUCACAAUAAUGUUGUUAUUCCAUUGAAAAGUAUAAUAAUUGCAAUAAUAAUGUGUUCUUUGACCUAAUAAAUAGAAUGAAGUGGAAGUUUAAAAUAUUCAUAUUUGUUUUGUGAAAUCGGAAUACAGAAUGUUUUAAGAAUCUCGUCUACAUGUGUUUAGUGGAAGAAAGGAAAUUAUGAGUCCACAUAAGUUUUGGAAGGGAAUUAAAGCUUGUACGUUUUCAGAAUCUAACCAGGUUCCUGAUAAAAUCGUGAAACUGUGUUCUCUAGGACCGGAAGUGAUCGUUCUUGGCAAUGACCAUGGCCUCUAUCAUAGUAACAUUGAAGACGAUUGUCUAAACUUUAGCAAAGUUAGCGGUAUAUCAGCGAUAGACAUAUCACACCACAAUGAUACCCUUUACAUUAUCGACGUGCACGGGAGGUUGUACAAGACCAAUUCUAAGUUUGAAAAUAAAGAAGAAAUUGUCGUCCGGGAGGAUGCGAAGUGUUGCCCCCACGGUUUCAAAAGUUCCAGUUUAAAAGUAAAGUUUCGUAAUGUAGUGACUAGUGACUUUGGACAGCUGUUCAUCAGCAGCGAGGGGCAGCUAUGGGGCUCUGGUGUUAUGCCCCAAAUUGGUUUGGAGUCCACUAGCAUAAAGAAAGUGCCAUUUUUUGAUGGCAGGACAGUGUACAGUGCUUCUAUAGGUGAUGAUUUCGCAGCCGUAAUAGCUAGGAAAAAUGUUCGUCAAUCUGACAACUGUGACACGGACAGUGACAAUGAUGAUGAGGAGGUGUUUGCAUCAAAUUGCUCACAAUGUCAAACAUCAAUAGGUUUAGCAUCCCCAGCUUCUGUGCCAUCUCUGUCCGAAACCUGCCCCCUUGGAGUCCAGCUCAAUAAGUCCAGUGAAGACUCCAGCAGCACCACAGCCCCACAAACUGAUGUCCACAUAGAUGCUCAUAGUUUUACAGAAGAUUCUAGUCCCUCGUCCGAAGAAUCUAAAAUAGCUAAAACAAAUUCAAAUCAAAAAGCCCCUGAUAAAGUAAAACCAGAACAAAUUGGGGAUGAAAAUAAGAGCAACGAGGUUGAAACUGAUUUAGACAAUGAGGCCUCAGAAGAAAGUAAAGAAAAACUUAACAAUAUUUUUAUAAACACAGAUGCAGCCAAGCAAUUUCUAAGUAAACAGUUAUCAUGGGUUUCAGCAGGAGAGGAUUAUCUUGUUGAAUACACUGAAAAACCUACAAGAAUUAUUAAAAAAAAUGUCUCCAACCUAACAAAUUUUGUUUAUGAAGGUGUCAAAACAGUAGGGGAUAAAGUAGUAACACUCUCAAGGCAUGUGAGCGGCAGCAGUGAUAACAAUGAGGCUGUGGAACUCCAAAUGCGAUUGCAACAUGAGGAGAUUAACUCCCUCAUGUACAGUUGCACAUCUGAUUGCCAUCUUGAAGAUCUCCAGUUCUCCACUAGCACAAUCAGCAGUGAGAAGGAGUUUGAAGGUGUGAGGAAAAGUGAAAACAUAAAGAACAUGUCCAAAUUAGGAAGGAAUAUCCUGGCAACUGAACUGUGGACCUGGGGCGACAUAUCUCACGGGCAGCUUGGAGUCGGAGACACAGUCAAAAGACUGAAGCCAAUGGUUGUCAUGACCCUAUCUGGUUUCGGGCUUCAGAAAGUGUCUUGUGGCAAAUGGCAUUGUGCAGCUUUGACAUUAGAUGGCAGACUCUUCAUGUGGGGCUACAAUCACUUUCACCAAGUCAGUUUUGAUGAUAGAGAGGACAAGAGUGGCCCUAAACAGUUCACUGAAAUCUCUGGCGGUGACAGAAUUAGAGACAUGAUGGCAACAGACCACCAUACACUGGCCUACACACACAACAGACACAUUUUAUACAUGGGUAAGCAUACAGAUGGUUAUACAAAAACUAUAGAGAAUUUAUACAAAAUGCCUGUAGAAGAGAAUGAUGUCACUGAAAAUGGGGAUGUUGAACUUGUGAAGCUAAAUAAACCUCAAAGUUGUUUAAAUAAACCCCAAAAUAUGUGCUACCAUUCACUAAUACUGUCAUCUGAUAACAUAACAUACUGUUCAAUACAAACAUUUGAAGAGUGCAACAGGUUGCAGCCCAGCCUUGGAUUUGGGGAUCUCUCCAUUGCUCAAAAAUAUUUAGAAGAAAUGCUCUUGAUAUAUCAUUGUCUAGUUAAGCCUUUUCUGAAGAAAAGUAAAGCCAUCAUCCUACAUUCCAAUGUGUAUGAAACUGUUUGUGAUAUCUACAGUGACAUAUUAAAUAUUAAUGCCCUGAAUGUUCUAUCAAUGUGGCAGUAUGCUGAGAAGCAUAUAAACGAAUGUGAUAUUUCUUUAAUCAAAAAUUUAGAAGAAUAUAUUUAUUUGUACAGAAAGUAUUAUCUAGCAAUAAGCAAUUUGAUUGUUAUUGGUGGGUUUGCUCAAAUUAACAAUGUUAUUGAUGUCCCAUCAAGUAUAUACAAUUUAUUUAGUGAUCAAUUGCCAUCGAAUAAACAGAAGAAUAAUAAGAAAACGCUCGAAGCCAUAGUAGCACUCGCGUUCGUGCAACCCCUAACGAGAUUGAGCUCACACAGAUGCAUUAUUCAAUCUUUGUUACGAAAUAAGGCAAACAACAAACACGACAUAGAUCUAGAUGACAUGAGCAAUAUAGACAACAGGUUUAAAAAAGUCCUCUCCUCAAUGGACUUAUUAAUAGAGGAGCAAGAAAAGAAACGGAAAGAGGCCGAUGGGACGAAACUUUUCUGGGAAACUGUAGGGAAAAGUUUAGACCAGUAUAGGACUCCUGAACGCCGUUUAGUCCGUGAAUCUAAGUCCCGCCAGCUUAGCUUAGUGAACCCUGGAAGGUUUUCGUCUCACUGGUUCGUGUUGUUUAACGACUUGUUCAUUCACGUAAAUGGGAGCACAGUGAACGUUCACCCGUUGAUAACGCUUUGGGUAGAAUCUGUUCCGAACACAGACUCGCUAGCCAACGUAAUACAGCUGACAACUCCUGAGGAAGUGCUGUCUGUGUGUACAAGCUCAGAGCAGGAGAAGACUGAGUGGAUUCAUGCUCUGAAUUCCUCAAUCAAGUCAGCUUUGAACAAGGAUUCCUUGUUCAAACCUCCAGCGAUCAGAACUGCUAGUCACACGUUUUCCAGCAAAGGUGCGUUCUUCAAAGAAGCGAAGUAUCAGGGGAGAUGGCUGGACGGCAAGUUGCAUGGCAGUGGGAAGAUCGAGUGGCCGGAUGGGAAGCUGUAUGCGGGGCAGUUUCAGCUGAACGCGCUGUGUGGCCACGGGAAGAUGGAAGAUCCUGGAUUAGGAAUCUACGAAGGCCAAUGGAAAGACAACCUCCAGAACGGUUACGGCGUCCUAAAAUUCAUAAAUGGGGAUAUUUAUGAGGGAUACUUCAAAGACGGAUUAGCUCAUGGCCAUGGGGUUAAAAAGCAGGGCGAUUUCACAUCGUCCAACGCUACUAUUUACACUGGGGAGUGGAGUAAUGGGGUUAAACAUGGAUACGGGGUCAUGGAUGACAUCGGGAAGGGAGAGAAGUAUUUGGGCAGUUGGAGCGACAAUAAGAAACAUGGAUGCGGCCUAAUUGUGACCUUGGACGGAAUUUAUUAUGAAGGACUGUUUAUGCAAGAUGUUUUAACGGGCCACGGAGUAAUGGUAUUCGAAGACGGCACCCAUUACGAGGGCGAGUUUCGCUCAGCAGGCGUCUUCUCCGGCAAGGGAAUCCUGACCUUCUCCAGUGGUGAUAAGAUCGAGGGUGCUUUGCACGGAGCUUGGACCGAGGGCGUUAAGAUCAGCAAUGCGACUAUGCACUUGAACGUUUCGAAUCCUGUGCUGCCGGCGAAUCCUAAACCAAAUUCCUUUGGCAAACUCUGCGUCGCACCAAAUCAAAAAUGGAAUGCACUAUUCCACCAAUGCUUCAGCUGUCUAGGCGUCUCCGAAACCCUCCUGACCCCGACCGGAAACCAUUUCGGAAACGGAACCGCCAACAGUAUAGACAACAAGAAAAUCUGGCAGAAUGUAGCAGUAGCUAUAUCAUGUUCGCAUAAAGAAAAACAUAAUAGGAUGUCUAUGAAAAAACCUAAACAGAAACUUGAAAAGUCGGUGGAUUGUUUGGAAGUGAUACCUCAAUUUGGACAGAAGAAGUUGGAUUUGGAUGAUUUUAAAGAGAUUAAGCAGUAUCUACAUAAUGCCUGCGAAUCCUCCCACCACCCCCUCGGCCAACUAGUCCUAAGCCUAACGAACGCUUUCAACACCACCUACGGAGGGGUCCGCGUACAUCCUCUACUGCUAAGCCACGCUGUCAAAGAGUUAAAGAGUAUAACAGACAGAUUAUACCAGGUUGUAAGGUUGUUGUUUCCUGCGCUGCCGCCGGAGGGCGCUGAGGUUGUGCUCAGGAGUAAGGACCAGGAAGUUGGUGCGGAGAGUGAUAACCCUAUUGAUGGCGAGGUAGUAUCAGCGGCAUCCCUCCUCCAACCCACCCUACUACCGCGCGUGCACCCGGCUCUGUUCGUGCUAUACGCGCUACAUAACAAACGCGAAGACGACCUGUACUGGCGACGACUGGUCAAAUGGAACAAGCAGCCCGACCCCACGCUCAUGCCAUUCCUCGGCAUAGACCAGAAAUUCUUCAAUGGCUACACAAACCGUUCUCCCCCCGGCUCGCCGCACAAAGAACAAUUAUUCCAAGAGGCGGUAGAGACGCUGCAGAAGCUGAAAACCACCUUCUCACCCAUGGAGAAGCUCAGGGUCAUCAAGGAGACGUUCCAGACGAUGACCGUAGCCGUGCAGCACGAACUGGGCCAAAGCUACCUGUGGAGUAUGGACGAGCUGUUCCCGGUGUUCCACUUCGUGGUGGUGCGCGCGCGCAUCCUGCAGCUCGGCUCUGAGAUACACUUCGUGGAAGACUUCCUCGAGCCCGCCGUGCAGAACGGCGAGCUGGGGCUCAUGUUCACCACGCUGAAGGCCUGUUACUUCCAAAUACUACAAGAGAAGAUGUCAAUAAACUAACUAUUUACAAGACUCGGAACGGAACCUUGGAAAAUGAAAACGGACUAUUUUUAGCAAAAACGUAGACGAGUAAUGUGUUCAUCAGCAUUUUAUACCCUAGUGGCCUAAAUAAUUAGGUAAACAAAUUUUCUAUUUUUGAAAACACAAAACCCAAAUAUUUCUUAAGUUUCCUAAUAGGGAAUAUUACGCAAAACUGCGUAGAGGGCGUCACUAGCACAAUCGCAGGGUCUACCGCGAAACACGAAAAUCGAAAGUUCGAUUUCUGCCUAUUACUCUUGCCUAUUCGAUCGAUAGAGAGGCAGAGAUAACGAAAUUUCGCAUUUCGCGGUAGGCCACCUAUAAACAAACCGCCUUGAUGCAUCAUCAUAGUGAAAACUUGUCAAAAAACUGUUUAAGGCCUAGUAUGUAUAAGUUACUCUAUUUUUUACUAUGUGCACUAGUGCUGCACUCUGGCGGCAGAACAUUCCAUGAAUACUCCCUAUUAAUGUCAAGUUCAUACUUUUUAAAAUCGUCGAUUAUGACAAGGACACAGUCAAUUAUUUACAAUACUUGUCUACGUUUUUGGCUCGGUUAUAAUCUCGCAAUACUUUAUGGUGCAUAGUUUAGUUUACCUUUAGACCGCCACUAAUCUGCUACACAACUAUAGUUCGUUUUUCUAGCAUUAGAAAGAACUUGGAAGAAGGUAAGCGAUCUUGACAUGUCUUUUAAUUGAAAAACGCUUUUUAAAAAUCAAUAACUAUUACUCAUGAAAGCAGAAGAAUAUAAAUGAUCGUGUUAGAUUCAUAAUUGUUACAUAUUUGCCGUAACUUAUUUCUAAAAUGUGUUUUUCAAUUAAAAGACACAUCAAGAUUGUUUACCUUAUUUCUAAUGCUAAAAAAACGAACUAUAAAAUAUACCUAAAUUCUUUUAAUAUAAAGUUCAAAUUUCUUUGUCGAGUCAGGUAUGUGGCGUUUAAAAGGUUGCUUGUUCAGCAAUAAUUUGCUUAACGCCAUUUGCACCAUUCCAACCCGGAUAAACCGGUUAAACCUGAAGUUACCAAUGGUUACCAGUACAAUUUACCACUGGGUUAACGGUUUAACCGGUUAACCCCGGGUUAGUGAGCUGCAAGUGGGCCUUAGUGUAUCGUUAAUGUUCAGAUGUAUAACCGAUGUUGCUUAGAUAUAGAUGUAUGUUGCCUGGUGUAACAUUUCCAUUGAAGAAAUAUCUAAUUUUCAGCUGUUAAAUGAUUCUUCCUAAUUUAAGGCAACGGCUUCAUGAUCAAUUAUAUGUACUGGAUUAAAAAGUUGAAAGUUGAGUCGUUAUAAUAUUUUGUCCGCAAUAAAUGAUAUUUACCAGUCGCUUUUCGGUGAAGGAAAACAUCGUGAGGAAACCUGCAUACAUCUGCGAAGAAAUUCAAAGGUGUAUGUGAAGUCCCCAAUCCGCAUUGGGCUAGCGUGGGGACUAUAGCCCAAGCCCUCUCGCGCUCGAGAGGAGGCCUGUGCCCAGCAGUGGGACGUAUAUAUAUAUAGGCUGAGAUGAAUAAAUGAUUGAAUUGAAUGAUAUCUCUAAGUCGAUAUUUUUUGAAAGUAAUUUAUUGCCACGGGAAUUGGUGGCUGGACCAUCCUGUCUUACAUUCGCGUCUAUUAUUGUGUUUCUGUUAAAACAAGCGCAUUCCAAAAUUAUUGAAAAUGUUUUUUAGACUAUUUCAGCUACUUAUAGCUUACUGAGGCCCACCGUCCUACCUAUAGUACUGAUUACUUCAAUGUAUUUUAAACCAUUUUAUAAUUGGAACAGAGUUGCAUUUUCUUAUAUGCGGCCUUAGGAGAACUUAUUAAUCAAUAUUGUGUUGAUAUGUGACGUCCCACGGGUAAAGGUACCUUAUGGCGGUUGGCGCUUACGCUAUUAUUAACGUCGCUCCAAUAUUAUCGCGGCGCUAUGUGACGUAAGUGCCAGCUGCCAGAAGGUACCUUUAACCGUGAAACGUCACAUAUUAUUGGUAGAUUGUUACAUAAAAAACGUGUUUUUUAAUGAAAUUAUAAAAUCCACCAGCAACAAAAAGAUUUGCUUUGUAGCAUCUGGUUCCUAAAUGUAAAAAUUAAUGCCGUUGAUCAAAUUUUUUGUCAUGCUCAAUUUAGUUUUUUUUUUUUACAUUUUAGAGAAAAAAGUGAAUUUUGGGGUAGGUACUUUGAUAGCUAUAUAAUUACUUGAAUGCGAGUGUAAGAUUAAAAUAUUCUUAAUGUAUAGAAAUUUGAAUGUAAAAGUGUUUCUUGAAAUGUUAGACUUUAUUUAUUAUUGGUUAAAAAGUGCCAAAUUACUUAUAUUUUAUGAUAGGUUCUUUUCAAAAUUGUAUAUCAAGAAAGUAUUUAAUCUACGUUUAACUUAGGCAUAUUUUAACAUAUUAUCUAUAUUAAACAUUUGUUUACGGUGCUCUCUGGUGUAGAUAAAUGCUGAUCAAACUUAUAAAUUACUCAUACUUACUUAUCAUGAAAAACGUUAUGUACAACAACAACAUAUGUGACGUCCCACGGGUAAAGGUACCUUAUGGCGGUUGGCGCUUACGCUAUUAUUAACGCCGCUCCAAUAUUAUUGCGGCGCUAUGUGACUUAAGCGCCAGCCGCCAUAAGAUACCUUUUGCCAUGGAACGUCACAUAUAUGUAUAUAUUAUGUACAUUCCAAACUCAUAUUUUUGAAUUAUGUUGUUACCUUCAUGCUACAAGUAGUCUAAUUUUUAUGAAGCUUUAAUAUUUAACUUCAUUAGUUAUUUCAAAUUAGCGUUUAAUUUAUUAUAUUGUAUCAAAUGUACUAUAUUUAGCCUGUAAUUGUUAUGUUACGCAAAAGAAACUCAAUAAGUAUAAAAUAUUAUUUUUAUGAACAAACUUAGCGUUAGCAUAAUUAUUCCAAAGAGAUUAGUACAAAACUGAAAUUGUUGUUUAUUUUAAUUAUGGUUUAUAGUUUCGCCGUUUUGUUAGGAAAAAGCUUAUAUUGUGGUAUUUGAAAUUAACCCGAGCUUUUGUUAUAAAGAAAACUAUGUAUUUGUAUCAUAAUUGUAUCGUUUGUGAUUAUGAAAAAUCCACACGUAUAAAAUCUGUUUAUAUAAAUAUACUGAAAAGCUUUGGCAGAUUGAAUACAUAAUUUGUGCUAGUAAAUAUAGGUACAUACAUAGACGGUAAACAUUUCCAUACGUUAAUAUAUCACUCUUACAUAAAAGCAGUUGUUAUAGCCAAAUCCUCCUAAGGCCCAAAGUUCUACCUAUAGUACAUAUUCAGUUCAAUGAAAUUUAAAUCAUAACCGAUUGGAACAGAGUUGCUUUUGCUUUGUUUCGUUCAGUUUUUGAACGAUGCAAAAUCAACUCUAUUUCCUACAUUGUAGGUUCAAAUUUCUGUAGCAAAUUUUGCAUUUUUCAUUUGUAUGGCUGGGCCUUGGGAUAGAUUGUUAAAAGAUCACAAUUACUAUGUACCUUUUAGUACCAUAUCAACAUAAAUUUACAUCUCUUCGUGUCUGAAGUGUUAAAAUUAAAUAAUUGUAACUACAUAUAAUAUUUAACAUUUAAUAAAAGUUCGCAGCAAAUUAAAA